AUGCUUCUCCAUCGCACUCUUGUUCCAGGACGUGUCCAAGUCCUCGAGGUCUACCACGGCAAUGUAUGUGCAGCUGCCUUCAUGAACAUCCACAACUUUGCGCUCGCGCAGGACCAGCGGCGAGCCGUCCAGACUGACUGGCACAGGUACCAGCAGUGGGCACAGGUUGCUCCGCUAUCGCAGAUUUUCGUUGCCCUCGGCGACUUCAACAUCCACGGCGAGCCCGCUGUCUCCUUCCUGGACCCGCAGCCCACGAUCCUCGCCAGCAUUGGGGGUGACCAGCACCAUCAGUCCUUCUGGAAGAGUCUCUUUGCAUCGAUGACCGAGGUCUCGAGUGGCGAGCCCACGCGCUUCGGCGCCCACGCCGCGAAGGAGACCAGGAUUGACCGCGUCUUCGCCAGUCUCCCAACUCAUGCUUACCCGAAUUUGUCGCUCACGCUGAAGGUAGACAAGGAACCUGCCGUACUCAGUGACCGUCGCCUCAGCGAUCAUGCGUUCCUGGAUCUUACAAUUGCGACUGCUGUUCCCAAGACGAACGGCAUCCAGCCGAUCCCCGCCUUCAUCUUCCAGUUUCCCCGCUACAAGCCGAAUGUAUCGCUUCUUCUACAGCACUCGCAGUUGCAAUUUACGACGGCGGAGCGACGUUGGCUUGGUUUCAAGUGCAUCAUGACUGAGGCGGCUCGCCUCGCUCGCAAUGAACUCACCACGUGCCCCGUGGAAGCUUUACAGGAUCACUGGCUGCCCAUCUUCUCGCGCAAGCAAGUUGAUGAACAGGCUCUCAAGGACUGCGUCUGCCAACGUGCCCCUCCGAACAUCACCGCGCCGAAGCUCAUCAUUCCUUCCUCUGCUGUUAUGCGCCGCGUCGCCUUCUGUGCUCGUGCGUCAGCGCCUGGUCCCGGUCGUCUCCCAUGCCGAGCCUGGGCAGAGACUGAUGGAGCAUUGGAGGCUCUGGAGGAGGUCACGUGGAGCUUCUUCGAGUCCGGCGUUGCCCCGCCCGCGCUCAACGACGCGAUCUUCUCGUUCAUCCCGAAGGGCGAGGAGGACACCGACCGCCUCUGCUGCGCGCGUGAAGCAGGAAACUGGCGCCCGAUCUCCCGGAAGAACGCCGACUCCAAGCUACUCGCGGAAGCUCUCAACCUCCAACCCAGAUUUCAUGUGGAAGAACAUGCUCAUCAUGACCAACAAGGAUUUACUCGCGGACGAAAUUUGCGCAGCAACAUUCUGGCGACGGACGCCAAAGGCCGCGUGGCAGGAUGGAAUGCGGACGCUUCGCUUGACAAGCCUGUCCUGCUGCUCUUCGACAUCGCCGCUGCUUUCCCCUCUCUGGGGAGGCAAUGGCUCUUUCAGGCCCCCAACCAGUUCCAGUUCGAGAUGGGCUUUGUCAAGGCGGUCGCUGCUCUGUGUGAUCAGGCUAUGGGCUUCGCCGGCUGCCCUCUGUCUGGCAUCACCUGGGCCAUCGCGAUGGAUGUCAUCACCAGCGCUGUCAAUGUUGUGACGCCCAACCCCAAGGACGGCGAGACGGGCGCCUGUGCCGAUGAUCUCGGUCUUUACCUUCAACGCAUGGCUCUCAUGGUUGCGCUGGCUGACGUUUUUUCCAUCAAGCUGCGGUGCUCGGCAAUCUACGUCUCAAUGUCAAGGCUCUAUCAGACGUCGGCGAUCACCGUUCUCGGCUACCUGGCGCAGUUCUUUGAUCUCCCUCCACAGUUCAAGCGAGAGGAGAUCCAUGCAGUUUACAAAAUGCUUCGAAUGCCUCCCAGCACCUUUCGCCUCAAAGAUGCCCACUCGCUAAACAAAUGGAUGCCUGGUACUGCACCGCGCCCCCUGCUCAUAUAUUCGCUUGGCACUCAAUGGCGGGCCGCUCAUUUCACCUUCAACCUCGUGCAGCCCCUGUUCCAGGAAUCCCUCGAGAUCGCCCAUUCGGCUUGCGGACUUCCUGCGUUCGCGAAGAUCAAAUGGUCGCCUGUCUUCUGGAGGGAGCCGCAAGCGAUUGCCCAGCGCCUCAACGACAUGAUGCAGGGCCGUUCCGCCCAAGUUCCUACUCAUCGCCACCGUGAUCUUCUUCGUGCUGGUGUCAUUGCUCACCGAGCCGUUCGGGGCGCCGCUGGAGCUGGCUCCAAACCCAAACUGCAGCGAGCAUUCAUCAUGGCCCUGACCGCCCACUGGAUGAAGGGCGACUUCGAGGUCGCAAUCGCCGAGCGGCUCGCGGCCUGGUUUGGGGCUGCUGUCGUGCCGCAUGACUUGAAGUUGCGUUGGGCCACUUUCAAAAGCUUCCUGGUGUCGGUGGCUCUUUCGUGGCGGUGGAUCACUCUGCGGACGCUUGCGGGUUGCUGGCGCACGAGCUCCCGCGUGCACGUCACUCCCGAGGUGGACCAGUGUCUUUUUGGGUGUCCUCAGCAGCCAGAUGCGAUCGUCCACUAUCUGGUAUGUGAUCGGAUCCAGCAUCUGGUUUGCCUGCCGCGGACAUUCUCGCAGGCCACUGCAUUGGAGCGCCUGGGUCUUGGACACCACUAUGAUGAGCGCGGGGAACACUCGCUGUCGAUGGCUAUCCAGCGCCUCGUCCUCGCGUACUACACGUACCUCGAGGUCAAGACCCAGGGCUUGAACGACAACUCCUACAAGCACCUCCUGGACGCGUCCGCGGCCGCCCCCGACCGCCUCGACGCAGAGAAGCUGAAGGAGGCGUUCUCGGAGCUCUACAGCUGGGUGAAGGACAGGACGAAGAAGCCCCCGAGCCUGGCGGAGGCCGGCCGAAUGCUCGACGUGGACCACCGCCGGGCCAUAUUCUCUUUCCUUUGCGAGUUUGUCAAGCGGAAGAACGCCCUGCGCUCGCGGUGCCGCGAGGUACUCUGGCUGCUGGCGAGGACAGAGGAGUGGUGCGAGGGCGACGCCGCCGACCAGACGGCGCUGGCGGAGGCGCUCGCAGACUACAAGGACCUGCACGUCAGGGCGCUGGGCGGCGAGAAAGGCGUGGAGCAGCGGACCGACGAGGUCUCGGAGAAAGUCCGUGCGAGCGCGGAACGCCGGCGAAUGUACGUGCGAGCCGACAGCGGCGCCGAGGUGACUGCUACCGCCUCAGCGCCGCCAGGCGGCGCCAGCACCAGCGACAGAACCGCGCGUGCCCCAGUUGGCCGCAGGCAGUCCACUGGUUCCGCAGUCGGAGCCCAGCUGAGCAUCUCGAAGGUGGACCAUGGCAGCCUGCCUACGCGCGAAGUCCUCGAUAACCCAGAGCUGCGCCAGCCCUCCACAGCGUCCGCGGCAGACCCGAGAAAAGUCUUCAAGGACCUGAAGGAGGCGGUGCGCGAGAGAUAUCAGGCUCGAGGAAGAAAAAACUGCACUAACAGAAUUUUCGGAUCUCUGCGCGGAUGUCUUGGAUCGGCGCUGGGCCCCGUUGAUGGCACCUUCGGCGCCGCCCCUGGCGCGCUCCGCGCGCCAGGGAAGGGUUUUCAGAGCCAAUCCAAGAAAUCCGCGCGGAUCUCCGAAAGUUUGCGUUCAUGGCGCAUCCGCUUGUUCAUAAAGGCUCAUCAACUCGAUCAGCUGGCGCUCGAGCUGGACCUCGAGCACCGCAGGAGCAUCUUCUCCUUCCUCCUCUUCUUCCUGGGGAAGAACGCGGUGCUCCGGGAGCAGACGCGGGCGCUGCUCCGGCAGCUGUCCGAGUCAGAGGCCUGGACGGGGGGCGGCGCCGCCGACCCGGAGGCCGUCGAGCUCGCGCUCGCGCCCGCCGCGGCGAAGGACGACGCAGCAUCCACAGCAGUGGCCAGGGCGGCCAGCGGACAGAUCGAUGCAUCACCGCCAGCCCGGGUGGUCGACGCCAGCCGGGCGGCAGGCUCCAGGGAGCGAAGCCUCUCCCCGCGCUUCGCGGAGCGGCUCUCCCUGCGCGAGCCGGACCUGCCGCCAGUGGAGCUGCCCAGCGGGAAGGAACUGAGGAACCCGGAGGCCGACGAGAUCGACCUCUUCCAGAGGGUAGUGGUGUGGACGAUGCUGUUCAGCGAGCAGGGCAGCCUCGGCGAGGAGGGGGCGCGCCUCGCAGCCGAGCACAGGGCGGCGGUCGUCAGGUUCAUGUGCACCUUCGCGACGCCGAAGAAGGGGAGCAAGGCCGCCUUCCGGAAGCUGGCCCAGAAGGUGCUGAGCGAGACGGAGAAGUGCGAGGAGUGGCGCGCGGGGCGGGAGGCCUCGCUCGCCGCGGCGGUGGGGCGAGCGCUGAGCGACUGAGGCGCGCGGCUCUCCGACCCCGGCGGGUCGCUCGGCUCCCGCCCGGCCGGGCACCAGUCUUCGCGCACGUGCCAGACUGAGGACCAUUCUCGUCGUCGUGCUC